UUCUUUUGUUUACAUUCCAACACAAAGCAGCACAUGCCAGUGGUAAAAAAACAUGGCGGCGUGUGCCACUUGUCUCAAUUCACCGAUCUGUCGACGAGUCAUAAUAAAAAUUAUUUCCCAGAAGUAAACAAAAAUAAAGGAAUUGACACUCGAUAAGUGGAAUAUUUCAACAAGUAUGAAGUGGUCAUUUCCGCGAUAUCAGAGCGAAUAAAGGAGUUUUAAUGAUUGUGAAGCAGUUGAGAUCAUUCACCUCACGAGUAACCAUGACGAAACCUCUGCUGAUUGCCUUCGACUUCGACCACACAAUUGCAAACAAGAACACUGAUCAUGUGGCCUACGAGAUGCUCCCCGGAGGAGUCCCCGAGGACGUUAAAAAGCUGUACCACUCAGGCGGAGGCUGGACGGAGUUCAUGAGAAGAUGCUUCCAACUCUUGCACGCAGCAAAAGUAUCCAGAGAGGAUCUCGAAUCAACUGUGAACGCGAUUCCAGCGGUCCCAGGGUACGAGAAUCUCCUCAAGAACUUGCACUCCAACAACUGCGAAGUGAUAAUCAUCAGUGACUCCAACUCAGUCUUCAUCGAGAAUUGGUUGGUCCAUCAUAAGCUGAAGCACACGAUCACGAAAAUCUCGACGAACCCUGCGUUCUUCGAUGAUGAGGGAAUGCUCCACGUGAAGGAGUACCAGGACCAGGACUUCUGUGACCUCAGCGAGAGGAAUUUAUGCAAGGGAUAUGUUCUAGAGACUUACAUAAAGGAGAGAGCGAGUCAGGGGAUCAUAUUCCAGAGAGUAGCUUAUGUGGGGGAUGGCAAGAACGACUUCUGUCCGAUGUUGAAAUUAUCUAAGAAUGAUCUGGCGUUCCCCAGGAAGGACUACGCUAUCAUGAAGUACCUGAGUAACCCAGAGGAACCCUCUUUGAAGGCUGAAAUUCUACCCUGGAGCGAUGGAAAUGAUAUCUGGAGGGAAAUUCGUGCUCGAAUGAAUUUUUAAACGUUUAAAACUUACGAAUAUAUUCGAUAUUCGAAUUCAUUGAUUUGGUAGAGGAGGGGAGAACGAAACGGAUUUUUUGUUGAUAUGAAGUAAUUUUGGAAAUGAGUGAUUUUAAGAGGAAAUGUGGGAGAGGAUUUUUGUGGGAAUUCUAUAAUUUUUCUCUUUCUGGUAAACUCCUCAUGGCUGAGAAUUUCCAAAAAUUUAAUUUCUAAUUAUUACGUUCUACCAUUCCUCAUGUCUUGAUUAAUUUUUUAUAGUUCUAAUAAAGUUGCGAAAGUUUCAUGCUUGUUGAAAUAUUUGAUAUUCAGUGAUUCAUUUAGUAGAGGAGUGGUAAAACAAAACAGAAUGGAGUAUGUUAAAUCAACAUAUUUUGGUGAUAUGAAAUAAUUUUGGAAACGAGUUAUGUUAGAAGAAUAUGCAAGGUAGGAUUUUUUAGGAAGUUUACAAACUUCAGGAAAAGUUUUUUGAUUUUUUUCUGGAAACUACUUGUGGCUGAGAAUUUUCAAAAAGGUUAAAUUCUAAUUAUUACGUUCUACCAUUCCCCAUGUACUUAAUUAUUUUUUUAUAUUUGAUUUUUUAUGAGUUCAUCUGAAAGGAGAUGAGUGCUCGAAUAAAUUUUGAGCGUUCAUACCUACAGAAUCAUUCGAUAUUCGAAUUAAUUGAUUUAGUAGAGGAGUGAUAAAACGAAAGAAAAUCGAACCUGUAAAUUUAACACGCGUUGAUCAUAUGAAAUAAUUUUAGAAGUGAGUAGUUUCAUUAGAAAACAUAAAGGGAUAUUUUUUUCUGGAAUUUUAUGAGCCUUAAAAACAAUUUUCGAAAAGGUUGAAUUUCACUUGCUACGUUUUACGAUUCCCCUACACUCAAUUAAUCUUUAUCAAUUAAUUCCUUUUGUUAAUUAAUCUAGGAACGACUCUCCCAGGAGAGGGACUAGUGCUUGAGUAAUUUUUCACCGUUUCAUUUGUAACAAAUUAUUUUAUAUUUCAUUAAAUUGAUUUAGUUGUGAAGUAUAAAAACGUAAUCGCGCAGAAAAUCGCAAGUUGAUUUUCAAUAACUUUAUCUGAAUAUGAAAUUUUUUCUGCAUCGAAUGUAAUUGAAAGAAAAUGUGAAGAGAUUUUUUUGGGAGUUUUUUUCAACUACGAAAAAUGUCUGUUGACAUUUCAUUUCGAAGGCAGUCAUCCUUGCAAUUAAUGUCUCAUUACUGACAAAGUUUGAUAAAUUUCAAUUUGUUAAUUCAUCCUUUGUCUCAUUUUGAAGAAGCAAGACUUCCACUCCUUGUCCAUAAACAAAUGCCAAUGUCUCAUCAAAAUUUUCCGGAUUUCUACAUAUUGUCAAUCCUUGCAAGUCUGAUACAAAAGUUUGGAUGAUUUUUUUCGGUGUAACCGACAACUUCUCAUUGGAAUAAUUGUAGUCGUAGAGAACCACUCGUUGGUCGAUGGCAGUAGUUAAUAAUUGAUCGUUAGGGAUAAAUCUUAUACCUGAAAGAAUUAUUUUUCAAUAAAUUCAUGGAUAAUGGAUAAAACUGAAUGGUCAACAAAUUAUUUCAGUAAUCAAGUGGUAAAAUAAAUAGGUUAAAGGCGUCAUCCUUCCCCAUUUUCCCUUUU